ACUGGGCACAAUCUAGAAGUAGAAAAAGAGUUGCGCUGAUACUUAUCGGCUUGUAUUGUUCCAUUGCCGCUGACGGUAGAUGACCACACCUCAUCACAUGUACUCCACCGGCCUAACUGUGUGUACAUGUAGCUGGAAGUGGAACACAGACUUUUUUUGUUUUGUUCCACUGAUCACUGCAGUAGUGUACAGUACUCAGUAGUAAUGAGACCAACUCAGUAGUAAUGAGACCAAGACUAGCUGGGUCGUGCGCUGUGAGCAAAACAAGCAAAGCCGCGGCGCGGGUUUACGUCCUCUUGUCGUCUUGACUCUUGUUGUGCAGAUAUACAUGUAAUCCGCAACAUUUCUAUGUGGCGUGUAUUUGAGAUGUAAAUCUACUUAUCCAGUAUUUGAGUAAACAAUUAAUCAUCACUGCAAUUGUUGCGGGACUUACGCCGUUCCGAGCUCAACCGCUGUUCACAGUGUUGGCCAGUCCGUGUACGAUGGCAAUGCCGUUGGAGGUUCCUGUGGCAAAGGCGGUCCUGUACGCAUUGCUGCCUAUCCUGAUAGCGUGCUAUUUUCUAUUGAGAAAGGGGAAGACGUACGUAAACCUCCCUCCCAUGGUGGAGAAGGGAUACAGUAACUGGACUGGCCAUAUCCGGUUCAUCAUCGCCGAUUAUCAUGGUUAUGAUCAGCCAUGGCUGGCGAAUAUGAAGAAGUUGGCUGAUAGCUGUUCGCAUGGUGUUAUGGCUGUUUACAGUCUUGGGCCGAAGUGGUUAGCACGACCAAUGUACAUCGUGAAAGAUCCUGGCCUCAUCUCCGCUCUUCUUACCAGUGGAAAAGCAAACCGAUUUAGCAAUCUCCAGGAAGUUCAGGUAGCCACCUCUGGAAGAAUGAGCAUGGGGGCGUUAGUUGGCAAGGAGUUAAAGCGCCACCGGAAAAUUCUGACCUUGAGUAUCCUGGCAAAGAGACCCAUGGCACGGUUUGUGGAGAUAAUGACAUCUGGAGUGUGCGAGUACCUCGACACUCUGCCAACACCAGCCAGAGACUGCCCACUGGAUUUGGAUUUGGCAGAUCCAAAAGUGAUUGGGAUCUUGGUGGGCGAAGCCUUUGCUAAUUUUUCCUUUGGCGUAGACAUUUCAAGCCACAGCAAAGAUCCGGCUAAUGUUAAGUUAUGCAGGGAGCUUGAGUCUGCUGUCCGCUUCCUGUUCAAAGUGAUAGGUGAGCGCCUGACAGUUGCUGGCCCUCUCAAGCUCCUCUCCGAUCUCAACUUUAUCACAAACUUCAAGCUAUGGAGAACAAGUCGGUUUCUCCGUAAUGAAUUCAUUCUACCGGCAAUGCGCAAGCGCAAGGAAGAACUAGCCAGCGGCGCUCAAGUACCAGAUGAUGCGAUGACAAUGAUGCUGGAAUCUGGCGAUGCGGAUAAUGAGCCGUUUUCCGAGGAAGAGAUCUGCGAUGAAGGCGUGUUUAUGCUGUCUUCAGGCUUUGAAGCAACUGCAUUCUCCUUGCUAUGGGCUAUGUAUCACCUAGGUCGGUACCCAGAGCAGCAGGAAAUCUGCUACAAAGAAAUCCAAGAUGUCAUGUCCAAGCGCCCACCUGGUUCCCUUCCAACCAUAUCAGACAUUGAGGAGCUGUCUCAUAUGAGUUGCAUCAUCCAGGAGUCGAUGCGCAUGAAGAACAUCACCGAUGGUGCAGCACGUGACGUCAACGUUGACGUUGAACUGGGACCAUACACAAUCCCCGCCGGAAGUUCUCUACUCGCCCUCGGUAAGUGCAACGCGAUGUCUGAGGAAUCAUUCGAAAAUGCUGACCAGUUCAAGCCUGAGCGUUGGAAGAAUGAUCCCACCGGUGGUGCCAAGCGUCCUGGAGCCGUCAACAUACCGUUUGGCCUUGGUCAGUACAAAUGUUUUGGUCAGCCACUUGCCCUGGUUGCAAUGAAGUCAUUGCUUGCCGUGUGGAUACAGCGCUAUCGUAUUGAACUACUCUCUGAAGACAUAAAGCCCACUUACCGAGCCACCUUCAGCCCAACUGUCCUUCAAGUACGAAUGCACCCACGGGGUACACUGUAAAGACGGCCGGCAGAUCGGAUAACAUGUCUACCGUGAGAAGCCCCAGGAGCGUGCAAUUUUUCUUCUGCAUAUAGGGCUCCCGGCGGCACAACGGACAUCAUGUGGUCCACUGAUGCGAUUAAACUUUGUGCUACGAGUUAUAUUUACAGGAGGUGUUAGAGUCUUUACAUUCUGAACAUAUUACUCCCUUGCUUGCUGAAAAUGUUCCGGAUGCGUACAGUGAGAAUACCCCACAAAAACAUCAUGACAUUGAGCUUUCAGUGCCGCCACUCCUACCUCCUGGCAAAUCCAGGUGAGUUGCACACCCUUCUGGCUUGCCUUGUGAUGUUAGGCAUUGUUAAUGCAUUGUUGAUGCUGAUUUGAUUAUCAUGCCUUUCGUAAGUCUCACUCAGUUAUUUCACCCCAGGCAGUGCAUUUACACUUCUGUAAACUAUUGAUUUAGGCUACAGAUGAGCAAGGGCUGAAACUUACCCAACUGUUCUGCUGUGACCUCUGUGACGCACAAGUGCCAAUACAUGUACUUAUAUUCCCGUUCAUUGUUCAUACGCAGGUAUGUGUACAAGUCAUGUACUUUUAUCAGUGGUACGUGAUGAAGAAUCUUUUCUUGUUUUCUUUGAUUUAUUUUGGAAGGAAACUUUAAAUUUAACCGGUUAAACUGUGGAAUGAAUAUGCGGGCUCUGCUCCCCCCCCCCCCCCCCCCCCAAUUCCAAGUUCUGAUUUUUUCCAUCAUCGAUCACUAUUGCAACAAUCUCCUCCAUACGCUCUCUUUAUUGAUAUUGAUCACUAUUACCAAGAAUUAAUGUGCCCCCCCCCCCCUCCCCCCUCCCCACACACACACACAUUUACUGUUGUGUGACUCCACUAUUUCAACAUUUUAAAAGCAUAACAACAUAGAGCAUCUUUCAAGAUUUCUUUUGAAUCUCUCUACCAAAGUAACCGUUGCAUAUCCCACGGGAAGACCCGCAAGACCAGUUUCUGGCAAUGAGCAAGUACUCGUACAA